CUACUCCUUAACCCAGGAAAUGGGGUCACUGAGUUCAUUUCACAACAUUGUAUACCUUUAUUAGCCAUUGAUUGUGGAUCCAGCUGAUGAUGUGACAAUGGCCAAGCGACUGGUGGCGUGUCUGCUGAACAUCUCUGAAGCUCGGAAUCGCCAUCUAGUGGAGGAGGUGGCAAUGGCAGCUAUCGCAUCGAACAAAACAAAUCAGAACUCCAGUAGCAACGACCCUAAUCUACCAAUCAAGUCAUCAGUCCUCAACAUAUUCUCAGACUACGACUACAAUAGAUCAGUCAUCACAAUUGCAGCUUCAGUAGAAAACAUUGCUGCCAGCGUCCAUGAUGCAUGUGUCAAAGCGUACAGUCUUAUUGACUUGAGUCGUCAUGAUGGAGGUCAUCCAAGGCUGGGAGCUGUGGACUUGGUUCCACUACACCCCAUAUCGGCUGAUGUCACUUUGGAGGAAUGUGGUCAAGUGGCUAAAGAUCUUGCAUCGAAACUGGCAAGGGAUGUCCCUGGGAGUGCCUUCUUUCUCUUUGGUCAUGCUGAUGUACCAGAAUGUCGUGGUCUGGUCAGACGGAGGAAGGACGUCAAGUGGUUUGAUGGCAAGUACGACAUGGACUACAGUCGGCUGAAACAAGAUGUUGGUCCAAUCCCUGGACCAAGAUAUGGCAUGACAGGAGUUGGCAGCAUUCCCUACGUUAUGAACUGCAAUGUCACCAUUGCAUCAAACGACCUGGACUUCGGCAAAGCAAUUGCUCAAGCCAUACGGGCAACGACCGAGGGUGGUUUACCAGGAGUCCAGUCAAUGGCAUUUCAUCAUGAAGGAAACAUAGAAAUAGCUUGUAACGUGGAGAGUAUUUACAGAGACGACAGGGACAAUUUUGACGUUAGUGACUUGGUAUGCUCCUUUGGGAAGUUUCAUCAUGUGCCUUCUCAUGUGUUACAAAGGAGAGUGCAGACAAUGGCAGGUGCUCGGGGCAUAGAUGUGGUGGGUUCAUCCACCAUUAUCGGAUUUACACCCGAAGUGGCUAAUCGGGUGGCGAUGGAGGCAUUGGCAAAUGGGAUCCAGGAGUUCUGGAGGACCAGGAAAGAGAGAAUGAUGUAGUUACACCAAUACAUUUAAAAUAUAAGACGAGAAAAAUUGUUUAUAAGUGAUAUUGAUUUUAAUACAAAUAAAUAUAAGUGGAUAGCAGCUAA